AGAACAUAGUCAAAGAAAGAGAGUUGACAGGUGUCACAAGAUCGAGCUUUGAGGAAUCCAUGCUGAGCAACACUCAGUAAGUCAUUCGCUGUUAAGUGACACAUCAUCUUAUCCUUGAUCAAUGUCUCUAAGAUCUUCGAAACUGAGUUCGUAUUUUUCUAGAGAAAAGUUUCGAGACACUUAACGAAUGGUUUUCAGUAAAGUGGACCUCUUCGGCUAGCUGUUUUUCUUCAGACAAUCUCUUAGCCCACUCAAAAAUGUCACAAAUCAAGGGCAGAACAGAAACAUCGUUCUGCAGAUGGAAACGACAAUAAAGUCUGCGCAAUCUGCGACGAAAGGGUAAGGGUAGGAAAAUCUCAACCCCAACAUUAAUAAUUUUCUUACGGGGGACAAAACGAGAAAUAAGCGGUUCCAAAAUUUCGUACAGUUUUGCAGUGCAAACAUUUACAUCCGAACUAAGGAAGAACUCAGUCCAGUCGUAGGAAUUAAGGUGUGUUAAUAAUUCGGUUGAGCGAGUUGAUCGGAAAUCGCGGAAAAAGUUAUACUUUUGGGACAACAUUUCGUCAGCCUUGAUUUCCAACUUUGAAACAACUAUGUCAUGGUCUGAGCCCCCAAGUGGGCCUAGAGAUGACACUGACGAUGGCAAGCAGCCUCUACAGAAAAUUAGGUCAAGUAUACUUGAGUCUCAUGUGGGAAAAUCAACAACCUGAUUCCACAUCCCGACAUCCACAGCCUCAAGAAUGUCAUCGAACCUUCUGGGGCCUGAAGGCGGAGACCAGCGGACUUCAGGGAGAUUAAAGUCACCCGCAACUAGUUGAUACUUAAAACUUAAGUCGGCCGCAGUAUGAAAUGCCUGUGAGAGUAAGCGAUCAAAAUUGUCAUUGGCGUUGGGAGGGCGAUAGACGCAGCCAACGAGUAAGGUGAACGUAUUUUUUAGUGCAACCUGGAGCCAGCAGCUGCCUUCUACCGCUGAAAAGUGCGGGAGGUCCAACGGCAAACAUGUAAGUGUUUGCUUAACGUAGACGCAGCUGCCCCCACCGCGGCUAUCUUGGCGAUCAUUUCGAAUGCAAUUGUAGCCUAGAAGAGAGAGUUCGGAGUCAGCUACUGAGGCUGAUGCCCACGUCUCAGUUACUAAAACAAUAUCAGGACAAUGGACGAAAACCUGAGUCUGAAGCAAAGGCAUCUUAUUAAGCAAGGAUCUGGCAUUUAAAACAAAAAGUUUGAAGGGAAAGGCUGUUAGUUUUUGAGGGAGGUGGGCCACAUCGUCCAGUUCUGGGUCGCCCACGGAGCAAACGGUCCGGAUGCAACCAUCCGGUUCUGCAAAAAAUUUUGUGGCAUCAAAAAAUUCUGACGUGGAUAAAAAAGGGGAGGACUUGGGGGAGGGAAUGAUGGGCAGGUAAACUGGUAACUAUUGUUAGCUAACUUAUUUUCAGCUGGAAAUCCGUGGGGCAGAUACUGCAACGUAUUCCCGCCGGGACGAAACUGAGGAUCGGAUAAAAUUAACUGAUUCAGUAUGGACAUUAUCAUGAGGAAUAAGUUGGUAAAACGGCCGUGAUGGAAACAGGUUAGGGGGUGGGGGACGCAUUGUUUCCAUUGGAACAAGAGGUCUAUUAAACGGUGGGAAAAUCGGCAAAUUCGGCCUAACUGCCUUGAUAUGAGGGCUGGGGGGCAGUUGCGAACCCGCUACGUUUUGAGUCGGGGUAUUUGAGGCACUGUUCGCCGAUUGUGGAGGAAAACAUUUUAUACUGGUGCUGGAUUUAUUGGGUGUCCGAGUGGCUGAGACAGCAAUUGGAUUUGCCUUUGACUAAGGCACAUGCUUAGGCUUACUAGGGGUUGCUGAGGGAGUCGAUAGAGGCGUGUUUAUACCAGGCUUGGUGGUGUGUUUAAAGAGGUCAGCAUUAAACCUUGCCCUUCCCUAACACGUGUUCCGCGAGUUAAAUUCUGGAAAAGUAGUUUUUCUGCUGCCAAUUCAAACAAAUGUUUUCCGAAUGUGUUUGUUGGACCCGAAACCGUCCAAGCUUGCCAGUCGAUAUUGGGGGCGUUAAAGUCCCCGACAAUAAGGACGUCUCUGUUCGAGCAGGUCUUGUUCAGUUCCCUUAGGAGAAGGCUAUCGUGUUCAGAAAUCUGGUUUGGGGGACGAUACACAACUGCAAACGCCAGCGGCCUGGCGUAUUUACUGGAGAUAGUUAAAGGUAAGAAUUCCACUUCCGCUGUUGUUGUUGGAUUAUGCUCAGGGACCGCGGUUAGGUUGUAGCUAACAUAGACAGCGACCCCUUCUCCUCGGCUUCUCCUGUCUCUUCUGAACAGUUGGUAGCCUCUGAGGGACACCUCGUGGUCUCCAAUAGCUUCAGAAAGCCAUGUUUCUGUCAAGGCGAUGAUAUCUGGCGUGUGCUCGUCGAUCAGAGUCCUGAGUUCAUCCAUCUUGUUAAACAGGCUCUGCACAUUCGAAUACAGCACCUUUAGUGUCCGUCUUCUCGGGGGAACUGGCCCUGAUUUCAAAGGGGGUUAGCCACAGGAACGAUCAUUUGAUCUGUAUUAUCUUGCCUUCCUUUAUUUUCAACCCCUCCUCCCCCUCUUCUGUCCUUCUUUUCAGUUCUGUCCAGAGCUCCCUCAUCUUGUGUCUUUCUGUCGGUUCGUAAUCCGACUGAAAAAACAUUUCCUUAUGCGAAUGACGAAGGGCCACCCUCCCUUCUAAGAGAUGCAAGGCCUGGGCUUCAUUUGCAAGAAUAAUUUUAAGAGGCCUUGGUAAUGCACGCGAUGCAUCUGCGUUUCCUAGACGGAAAGCUUUGUGCACGGUAACACAUUCUCCGUCCUGAAGGACGGCAUUUGAAUAUGCUUGAAAGAGGUUGAGAUCGUGUCCGAUUCUUUCUUUUGCAGUUGGAGAAUUGGACUCAUGAGCUCCCUUUAUGACGAUGUUUCGUUUUCGGUAGAGAUGCCUGUUUGGAAGAGAGCUCCUACGUUUAUUUCUACACGCACGUUCAGAAUUUCGCCAAUUUCCGUUGUCAUCGUUUGACUCAGAGGCAGCUGUGAUGGCGUAGCUACCACACGGUUCCUCACCAACCGAGUCGUGCGAUACAUCCUUCGGCAGUGUGGUAUUUGCUGGCAUUGUGUGUGGACUCUGCUCUCUCGUACGAACAGCCUGACCUGCUUUUUCUUUUCGGGAUGCCCCGGGGCGCUUCUGCUUUUCCUGAGAUCCCUCUCUGUCGCUCUUUUCUUGCACAGGAGGUCGGUUCUCAGUUGUGAUUUCUUCCUUAGACGGGCAGUCUUCUUCCUUGGCGGCUGAUCCAGUUAAUGAUACUGUGCUUGAAUAUGUUCUCUUUGUUUUCUGAGGGUCUGAUAUCGCCGACUUUCUCUUUACGGGUGAAUGACGAGGAAGUUUCGUCAACUUCUCCAUCUCUAUUUUUAGGUCUAUUUUUAGAUUUAAGUUCAUGAACAGACUUUGUACAACGUAUCUAUACAUCUUCGGGAAUAUGUAUAUCCUUUCGAAGCAACGGUUGCCAAGCCCGUGAUGCAUAUUCCAGGCACUGCCACACAAAGGCCCAUUUACCUUGUCAAAGACAUCUGAAUUCAAGUUGAUAAACGUUCUUCAUAUCGCUCUCAUGACUGACAUUGUCCCCGCUGUGACUAUAUAACACUGUCUGGUGACACUUAGGUAGUCUUUGCUGAAUACGCCGACGUACUUUUGCCUGUCUACGUUUUCCGGUGGUUGGUCGUCCAGGAGUUACUGUCCUGGAUGCAUUUGUUCGUGGCAUCGCUGAUACUAUGUAGUGAUAAUAUAUAAUGCGCAUAUAUAACAUCCUAUAAGAGUUGGCCUGCGUUCCGUUCAAUGCAAUUCGAGAAGAAAAUUCCAGGCGAGCUGAUCGAUUUCUAGAAUACACGGAGCAAUCAGGUUCGAGGGGAGGGGGCAGCCAGUGGCGAGGCUCUAUCAUAAUGCUGACAAAGGGCUAACAGCGAGCUAAAGAAGGCUUACGUGACAUAUAGUGAUUGGCUGACCUUUUUUGGAGCGUAGACACUGAUUAAGUGUCUUAAGUGACCCUCGGAGCAUGUUUUGAUUUCAAGCUCUUUUAGUUGCGUUUUCCGUCGUCCUCGUAGUCAAGAGUCAUUGACUAGACACCAAACUGAAACGUUUAAAGAGCACUCGGGUUGCUAAAAUGACUUGAAGAAAAAGGUAGGUAGAAGGCCAUGUUAUAUCACCUCAUAGUACAAUAAACUUCUUGACCUUUGCAUGUAAUGGUAGUGGCAAACUAACUUUCGUGAAGGAAUUUAUUUUGGUCGAAAAUGUUUGACGCCACGGUUAUAAAAUUGAACAGACAUCCCACCCGCUUCCAGUUGAGACCUCGGUACUGUAAUAGCUUUGUUGCAAGCGCCCUAGUCUGUACGAACCUAGUAAGUAAUGACUGAUUUGCACUUUGCAAUGUUUUUGUCAGGAUAUUCUUUUGAUCAGAUGGUUUUGCACCUAGCUUUUGAACGUAAGACCACCCGCCUCAUUUUCGCCCCGAUUGGUCUGCCACAUAAGCACAAUUAAGGGCGCCAACUUAUUUUCGGGUUUUAUUACUUAGUGAAGAAUGUGUGCGCAUCCACCACAAAAUUCAUUGUGGUGUCAAAAAGCCUUUGAGGUAUGUUUACUUUGACUUGCGUUGCAGAUUGUGGACAGCCGAGUAAAGAGAGGGGAUACAUGUUCUGCGUGCAGCGACUAAUUCGGCAGGUCUAACUCCAAACAAAGACACAGUGGCGUUCGAGCUGACAGUGUAAAACUAUCAAGAGUCCAUAAAGUAAGAUCGAAAGCGCAGAUAUAUAGUCAUUUCGGAGACUACAGCGGUAAGUCAGAAUUUCCCAAACUCAGCAGAGGAAGAUGCAUUUGUAGUCUAAACAUCUGUUGGUAGCUAAGUUACAAACGUUGUUUCUUUGUGUUUUGCAUUCUGUAAAUGUGCUAGUUGGGUGGAUUUUAUAGAAAUUUGCAUACGGCGACCCUUUCUUGUAAUUUCUCUUUUCAGAUCAGGGAUGCGGCACACUGGUUUCUUCUUUUUUGAUAUGAUGAAUCUCCUGAGGAGAUGCAAAAAAUAUUAUUUGAAAAUAUCGUAGUCUUGGAGGUAUACUCCAACUUGAGUGAAAAGCUCAUUUUGUAAGCAGCGACUUCGCUCACCUAAGGUAAAUUCACCUCAGCAUAUAUUUCAAGCAUUUCAUUUAUAACACAGAGCAAAGGGUAAUAAAUGUAUUCGCAUGAACAUAUCAAGUAGUUAAGGUUAUCCUCUACCACCCUUCUAGUUGGAAGCAGUGCACAGCAUUUAUGCUUACAAGUGACCGUAUUAUUAGUUCUUACAUCAUUUCCACAAAAUCCGGCGUACGGUGUAUCCCAUCAACUUCAGUUCAAUCUCCCUUUUAAACAAAAAUACCAAAACAAGAGUUGUAGUAGUCCCAAAAAUGGUAUUGAAUGGAAUCGUGAUAGCAGAGUAACCCCGUCCCCGAAGCGCUACCGAGGAUUACGGUGCUUAGGUUGAUUACUAGCUUGUGGCGAUCCUGACAUGAAAGAAGUGGGAUCUUCGAGGACAAUAAAUCACCGACAAAAUCCUAUGGUUCCACUUCUAGCUGAGGUAGCUCCACUUUCCUGUCACAUCAUUUAUUAUAAUAAUCACUGCUUUUUGUGGGUUCGAAUUCCGACUCAUACAGAUGUGUUCGCAGAAUGUGUUGUAGAAUUCUGAGUUUUAAUCUUUCGAGCUUAUUUAAAUUUGACGCGAUAAGUCAUAUAAGAACAUUGAUUAGCCUUCUAAGCAGGCUUUGCUUAUUGUAAGUCGUCUCAGAAUGGGGACAAAUUCAUUAAGACAGUUGUCGGUGUCCCACUUGCCGAAGGUUUAUCUAAGCUGUCAGAUAGGCUUUAAGUUUUUUGUAACUAUGGUUUCGCUAGGUUUGCCGGGAUUUCCGAAGGUUCCGCGCGGCAUUUUGAAUUUUUGACGAACGAUGCGUUCUUAUCGUGGAAACUUAUAAAACAUAAUUUUUGCAAAACAAAGAGUGCGUGCUAGACAAAAUAUGCCCCACAUAACUGUUUUCAGAGCAGCUCGCGUUAAGCGAUAUUAUGCUCCGUUCAUCAGCUUUGCAACUUUCUUUCGGUUGACGUUUUUCGUAUCAAGUUUGUUUAUCCCAUUUCUCAUAGCGUACAGAUCUAGUGGUAAGUUCGUUACCGGACAUACCGUAGUGUACCUGCAUUUUCCUCCUUUAUGUGUUGUGCUUAUUGCGUUUUUAAGCGGUUGCUGAAGGUCUUCAGGAGGUAAUAAGUGUGUAAUACUCCUUACAGAUGCGCACACGCACCAGUCGCAACCGGAAUUCUGUUUUUCCUUUCUGUGGCAAACCCAUAGUUAGCCCUUUAGUUGCCCAGAACUAGCGCGGUCGCCCGGUCGCCCGGUUGCGGGCUAGUCUUACGAUUGGCCGAUUCUUUUUGACUUCUUUCGUGUGACUGGCAUCGCAUACGCACCGUCAGCCAAUUAGAUCACUAUCUUUGCACUAGCCCGCAAAUCAAAAUGGGUAAGCAAGUAGACAUUUGCUAGCCAUGGGCGUCUAAAUGUUAUCAAGGGCUGAGGAUUAGUAUCUGUAUCGCUAUUUAUGUGCUGUAAGAGUUAAGUCCGCGAAGUUAAUACUGCAUACUGAGAUACAUCAGUUGAAAUCCAAUCCUCAUGUGUUCCAUCCCAAUUAUCACGUACGUAGCCACGUACGGGCCACGUGGCCCCUACUGAAGAUCUGUAGUAGGUGUUUACAGUCCGGAAACGGGUAGGUGCUUUUAGCACUUCUGACCAUCAACAGCACGUAUUAAAAAUCAGGUCAAGCGCGUGUCCGCCAGGUUGGCAGCUGGACAGAACCUAAAUCUGGCACAAUAUGCAGAAACAGCCCGAGGAUAAAUGGAACCCUGGUGUACAAUGCCUAACUGCACGAAUAAGAAAACCUUUCUGUACUUUUAUUGCAGCUUGUGGCUUUAAUUGCCCCAACGGAGUAAACAUACUUUUUACAAAGGCGUGACAGUCAAAGAAAGAUAAGGCACACAAGAGGUCCGUAUUUGCGUUAUCAGUUAGUAUUUUUAAGAACCUCUAGUUUCGGGACUAACUGGUUUUGCCUUCCUCUACACCCACACGAUAUAUUUCCUAUCUAUGAUUAUGUACUCGGGGAGUUCAUGCAAUUGUACUGAAAGAAUAAAUCAUAAUCAAUAUUAUACGAAUAGAUAUAUCGUGAACUAUCUCGAAAAUUUUAAAAUAACCAGUAAACGUGUCUGUGCUAGGGCGUUAGCAAUUUGAUAUGUUACGAUUUAUGUGACAGAGGAACGGAGAGCUCAGCUUCCAAGUUGUUUUACACCAAACUUUCCAUAGAUUACGCAUUUGCGUAGUAUUCCAGUUUUGACUGAAAAAAGUGUAGACAGUGGGUAAGUUUGUUUGGAAGUAUUUAAGAACUGCAGUGUUUUUCGCUAAACUAGGUCCUGAGAUUCUCUCCGAGACAGAACAUCUAAAUGGAGCCUUAAUUAACCUCCUAAUUGGCAAAUAAAUAGGAGCGCGAUAUUAUUAUCUUCUUUAGUCUUUCCGGAAGAACAGUGCGCUCGUUAAAAAUACCUUACUUUGGAGCCAAAUGCAGAAAUCAAAAUGUAUUUGACUCUAAUUUUAACGUGUAGACCAAGGUCAUCCAGCAGCUCAAUAUCUAGAUGUUCUUUGCCUUAGUUAAUUGGUAAGCCGCAUCGAAUGCUUAAACACUGCGCAUCUUACGAGUAGCAAUUCGAAGAUCGAAGAUCCCAUCCAGGCGACACUAUUUGGCAAACGUGUAAGGAUUUGUUUUCGGGCAAACAUUAAUAAUCUAAGCCACUGAAAAAGGUUUUCAACCCGGUGUUUAAACUACUUUGAGUACGUAGUACAUUCGGUUUAUCAUUUCAUCUAGUUAUAAUAUUGAGCUUUAUACAUAGUCAUAAUCUAGAUUUUUGCACGUUUUUAGAUAACAACUGCUCAACGCUCCAGGGAAUCUGAGAUAUUGGCCAUCUUUAACCACUUUUAUGUCAGUUCACGUCUGACUUUAACUUAUGCAUCGUAUAGCGAGGCAGUCCAUUAUAAAUUUUUGAGACAGGCUAAGUCUUAUAAUAUUUUCACGGUUUAAACAUGCCUUAGAUUUGCACUUAAAGGUGGCAUUUGAAAUAAUUCCGCAAUACCUGAGUGUACUUGGAAGAUAUACCAUUUUCAAAGUUAGAGUUUGAAUUGUAUGCGUAUGUGCGCAUUUUUAGGAAAAAAUAUUUGGGCACUUUUGCACCUUUCGAGCGCUAUCGUAAAACGACGAUGCUUCUUAAUUAUUUCCUUUGUAUGGACAUAAAGCCUUGACAAAACACGACGUAUUGAAAAGGUAGAUCUUCUGAACAAUUUUAGAUCAAUGCAUACAUCAAGUGUGUCGGAGUUUAAGAAGUCGACCGAAUAAAAUUUUUAACGUACCAAUCUUAAUACUCCAUGCCUCAACAACUGGCCGCCGGAUUUGCCGAUGCAGGUGUAGUGCAUAGCCAAACUGUUUGCAAAAUGUUGAGUCAUGUUGCACCCAAGUGCCGAUGCAGACAUCAAUUCUUACCCUUCUGCGACAACAAAAUGCAAAACUGGUGGAAAAGUAUUUUGCUGUUAUGCUCUUCAAGGCUGAGUAAUAUAUUUUACGCUAAUAAAACCUUCGAAUAUGCGACUGCAAUUUGGAGCCAUCUGUAUUUCGGUUAAAAGUUUGAAUGUAAGAAGGUUUUAUGGGCACAAACACCAGUUUGUUGAAAGGUUUUCUUUAUAAUGGGCCACGUACAACAAUACCUAGUCUGCUGUGCAGUAUCUUAAUAUUGUGACCGAUCAGUGGAGAGCAAUUGGACUGGUUCGAACACUGCCCAUCAUGAUUGUUGAUCGUACUAGGCAUUGAAAGUGCUGACUGACUCCCUCCAGGUAGCGUAACUUACGACUGAGACAGGAAAAAAACUAUACUACUUUCUAGUAAAGAAACAACAAUCUGUUUAGAAUCCAUUGCAAACGUACCACCUUCUUUUAGGAUUCUGGUUGACAAGAAUUAUAUCCUUUGAGCAGCCAUUUUUCAAGUCUACUCGGGAAAUCUACUUUGAGGCCCACGGUGUUGACCAAACCUACAGUUGGAGCACGAUCCCUGGACUGAAUCCACAGCUAACUAGUUCUCUAACAAUUCCCGCUCUUUCCUUUGUCGAGUUUGAUGACAACAAUGAUGGUAUCUUGGACCGCUGCAAUCUCGUCUUCUCGCUUCCUGUCACUGACACCUUCAGUAUGGUUUAUCUGGUCGUUGUUAUUUCUCAAACGAAGGACGUAAGACUCUUGGUCAUUAUGUUCUAAAAUCUGCCGCGUUCCUCAUGGUAGAAUUCUGUCAGCCGCCUUCCCCUUAUGGUUGAACUCAGAUCCUCUGGUGGAAUUGGAACAAAGGAUGUUUGGCUGACCAGCCAAAUCUCUGUGCUUACACAGCCGGCCUUGAAACAGAAGCCUGCCGUAAGUGAUAAGGGCAUGUAGUUUACAAACUGAUCACAGUUGCAAUAUGCACUGAGCCCUUGCCAGGAUCAGAAUAUUUGUAGACAAUAGAACGGACUUCAUUAAUAGAAAACCCUAAUUACGGGUAUAACAAUUCAUUUUAAAUUUUCUUCGGUAUGUUAUGGCUUAUAUGAAAGUUUUGGUAUCUAUUCAACAUAAUAAAUAAUAGGCUUUUGUGGUAUCCAACAGCUCUUGUACAGACGACUAAUAAUAGUCUUUUAUUCCUCGCAGUUUUUACAUGAGCGCGUCAUAUGGAACAUUUACAUUCUGAUUUAGGGAUUCUUUACUCUUGGAUGAAUUAAUACGUUAGAUAUGCACGCGUCCUCUUAGUCGAUUAUACUUCGUAUCUGCCAAAAAACUUGGCUGGUUUCUGAGAGGCAAAAUAAAAUUAUGCCUAUUGCCGAAAUGACACCCCGUAGGGACUGAUACAUGUCCUCUGCUCUUCUUUGGAGUGGAAACUUGCGAUGUAAUUUCAUUGUUUCAAAAUAAUUGCACGAACUUACCUGGGGAGCUGUGAAUCCUCGAUCGUGACCAAAAAUGGACUGGAUACCCCCGUAGAGAGGUCACAUGUAUGGCAUUUGUACCGACAGGAUUGCCUUGUUAGUUCCUGGGUAGUCACCAUCUGUCUUUCGUGUCCUAUGCCCUGCUCACAUGGUUGCACGAUCUUAGCUUCAGGCACUUGUUGGCAAUUUCGAAGAAGGCGAUUCAAGAUGGGUGCGAUCACCUUUUUAAAGCGAACUGUCAUGACUUCAAUUCACAAUUUUUAACGCAUCAUUUGGUUUGCGAGUGCGAAGUAAAGUAUCACAGUUUCCUUCCGGCAACUGUUCCCACCUACUAAGUCUUUUUUAAACUUAGAUCGAGAGAUUCGUUGAGGUAAGCAGGACCAGAAAAGCACGUUUAUGCGUUUCUAGACUCCGAUUAAAAAAUGGCCUAUACCAUCCAUUUAUUGCAAUGACCUACAUUUGGUUUCUUUCAGACAGAAAUGUUAGAGUUCGGUUCAACGUAUAUAUCGGAUUUUUAUCCCGAAUUCAUGAGGAAAUACCUGGCCAAGGAACCCAGUGAGUGUUCCUUUUAACACGCCUUGAUUGUAUCCAGUUAUAUUUUUUUGCUAACCCUAAAUUUAUUCCAUUUGGACGAUAAACUAACUUGUGUAAUCCCUCAGUAAAAUAUCGCCAUUGGGAUUUUAGAACGUAUUUGGUAGAAUGGGAGAACUUACGAACUACGUUGCGUACAGGCGACUGAUCAAGAAAUUUCCUUUGACUUAAGCAGUUUAAUGGUCGGAGAGUAGAAAUAACCUUGUAUGCUGCAUCGACCGUAAAAUCGAGCAAGUUAAGUUUUGCGACCAUGUCUUCUGUUGACAAGCAAAAAUCACAGUUUCUCUGGUGUUGACUACGUUCCCUUUUAUGUGUUUGGCCUUCAGGCCGAGAUAAGCUGCAAUUUUUUAAGGCUUAAGAUUUACUUUCUGGCAGGCUAUAGCCAUUCAGUAAAGUCUUGCAGUCGGAAAUGAGCUGCUAACACAGGGUUUCGGAAAAGACCCCAGUCCCUUAUUUCGCACUUGGACACUUUACCUACUAAGCCGUAGCGGCAACGUCCUAACUCAUCACUUGUGCCUAAUUUGGUUUCGAUAAUGCUUCAGUUGACCGGCACCGGUGGCGUGCGACGCGAAUUUGCGUGCGUAUGGCACGCUCAGACGGGCUGCUUCCAGGUCUGUCGGUCACCCUUCUCAGUCUCAGCACCAGUGGAAGGACUGGCAUGGACAAUGGACUGGUGUCUAGGAAUGGGAGGAGGUAGUGAAGUCGAUGGUCCCAUCUCAUGUUGUUCAAUAUAAAUAAUUAGACGCGCCUAACACUCUCACGAUGGGUCAAAAGCCGUGGCUUCGAAGGCUGCCAAUUGGUAGAAUAAUUCGGUCCUCACAGUCAGCCCAAUAUGUACCUCUACGGAGUGACUGACCGGUGGACCAAGAAUCAGACUAUAUUGCCUUCUUUCUUCUGUGGGUACGAAAACUGACUUCCAAAAGUCCAAGAACCACCUUCAUGCCUUGCCGGAAAGGUCUACUUAGGUUUUGAGAUGAGAUUAUUUACAUCAGCUCUAGCUGGGCAGUGAUGACGGAUUCUAGGUAGCAUCACAGCACUCGCAGGCCGGCCCAAACUAUCUCGGUUCUUGUAUCCCCUGCGAUUCCCACGUGCUGCUGUAGUAGCGAGCAUGCACCGUUUCAUUCGAGACGAAUUCAUCGUACCUAACUCAGGAAAUUUACCUUAGACCUGGUGAUCAAAGAUCUCAUGCUUUCACCCCUUGUCCACGCGGGUAAUCUGACAUCGCAAUCGUAAUGAGGGAAUGACUCGGAGGAUGCCCGCUACAUGCCGAGCUUGGUGGCAGUUAAACUAUCCUGCCGGAUCCGUAGACGCAUCUCUCCGGCCUGAUCGCCAAUUUUGGCGGCGAUAUCGUCCUUAUAACUGAGGCUAAUAAAUGAAGUCAGUGAAAUCUGAAAUAUAACAAUCCUAUGUCUGUUCGUAGUGGUGAAAUUUGAAGAUAAUAGUCCUACAGUCAGUAGUUAACAGUAACGAGGGGAAUUCGGUCAUUGAAGAUGAGCUCUAUUCUCACGACUUCUCAGACCGACACUCGAACUCGUCACCUGAGGCAGAGAUAAACAGAGACAUCUAGCGACUGCAGCACUAAAAAGGUUCAGUCCCUGCGUGGCUGCAUACCAAUCAGAAGACAGGCCGCGCGGCCGCGGUCGUCAAGCAAAGUCCUGAGGAACAGGGCAUUGAAGACAUUUGCACGCCAUUUACUGAGGCGGGCAAUGAAGUCUGGGCGGCUGCCCACCCCGACGGCCGACCACGCAAUUAUCACGCUAACCGUGAACAUCCGUCCUGAAGAUGCGGUCAGCGGACGACCCCGGACUAUACAUACUUCAUCUUUCAGAUGCCCUUCUACUUGGUUUACGCUGAAAGAUUCGUCCAUACGCCAAACAGAGAGAUUUCUCUUUUUAUUAAGUCUGGCGCGCUUGCAUCAAUCCCGACGCGCUAAUAAUCGUGGCCUGAAAGUCCGCCAAUUGAUGAAAUAAGCCCGUCCCUCUUAGGAGUGAGCUGGACUGCAAUAGCUCCUUUUCGUUGGGGCAGUUGUAGUGUUAUCACUGAUCUGAGAUCCGAGCCGUCCUUACAGAAGCCUGGCACAUGCGUGGCACGCGUAGAAGGACUGUACACUGCGUCGGAGGCCACCUCCGAUCGACUUGGCAUUGUCUUACCAUCGAGACAGUGUGAUGGAGGUAAGAGAGAGAGGCGGUGAGUUAGGCACUGCGAAAGUCUGCUCAAGUCAUCAGUGCGGCGCCCACUGCGAGGUAGGCGGUGGACGUCGUCUUGAAGAAGAAGACACGAUCGCUGGGACAAGAGCUUUAUUAGCCUGACGUUUCGGAUUCCUGCUCGAACCCAUCAUCAGAGAUAACAGCAGAUACGCGUGGUUCUUGCAUAAGGGGCUGCAGUAUUUAUAGGAUGCAAGCGUCAUGCUACCGCAUACCUAUGAAUAUUCACGCCCCCCCCCCCUCAUCAGGGAUCGUUGCACUUGGUGUGCUAAUUGCUUGAUGGCCGACACUCGCGUCGUUAAUUGCUGGAAUCUCAUUCUGUGCGUUUGAUGUUGGUGUGAUGAUUGCUCGACCAUCUGAUCCACCGACACUGGUGUCGGGAAAGGUGUUCACUUGUGCGCGUGACUAAUUACUCCGCCUAGGCGAAGUCUCAGCACCGAGUAUGGAAGGGGAAGUUCGUUGCACUUGCUUAUGGACUGGGCGCCAGUAAACCAUGACUCAAACAGCUCCCGGCUCACGCGGUUGUCACCUCUAGAGAGAAUUUCGGCCUCGUCGAAUUUGAAUGUGUGGCCGGAUCUCGUCGAAUGAGCCACAACUUGAGAGCUGAUGUCAUUUCUCCGCACCGCUGCAGCGUGUUCGGAAAUUCGCGUUCGGAGCUGUCUUCUGGUUUCGCCGACGUAGUUGCUUUGUCCGCAACUGCACCAGAUCCGAUAAACGACUCCAGACGUUUUUAGCCGUGGCAGCGGGUCUUUCGGUUUCAUUACCUGACGCCUGAUGGUUGCCUCCGGUCUGUGUGCAACUCCAACCCCAAGUGGUGCGAGAAGGCGGCCGACAGCUUCCGAAACGUUUUUGACACACGGAAGCGCCCGCCAAGAUUUGGUGUGCGUGGACGUCGUCGCUCAUGACAGUUGAACUGUCGUGUGCAUAUUUUGCACGAGGGAAGGCUUACGACCUCCUGAAUGUGUCGAUUAUUAGAAACCAACAAUAAAACGUCAGUGAUGCUACUGGCCACACUCAGCGACGCCCAUGAUACCCCGACGACAAUGCGUGUACGCACAUUACCGGCCGUCAGGCAGCGGCCAGAAUGUGAAACACACACUCCUGUAUUUGCCUACUCUACCCUCAAGAUCCUCUAUAGUAAUGGCCACUAACGUUGUGUGUAGUCGGUUCUCUAAUGGAGCUUAGUGUUUUUAACUUUUCCUCUAGAAAAUCUCUGAAUACGCAAGUAGGUGAUGUCCACUAUGCGCUGGACAGUUUUUUUUCAUGAUCAAUCAUUGGCUCUCUUCUAAUGUCGAGGCCGCAUAUUCACCAAGGACUUCAUUUUUAGCUGUUCUCAAAAUUCAGCCGGAUCUGGCAGUUUGGAGUCCCGGCUAUUCGAGCCCAGACGAUCCAUUCAUCGCGAAUAUCACCCUUCUCUACAAGUCUGUGCGUGUGGAGUAAGUUUAAAGUGUUUAUUACGUCUUCUGCUCAAGCAGUACGUCUGACUUUGAGCAUCUGGUUUGGCAGAUUUGUCGUGAUGAGACGCUGACGUGAGAGAUCCCAGAUUCCCAGAGCGCAAGUCGGCAAAAACAGAUUCGUUUGGGAAAGUUUUACUGUUGUGAAAGAGACUCAGCAAGCAGUUUUCUCAAGCUGUCUCUUUAGGUCUGUUGUAUCAUCGGUUUCCGUCGUUGAGUUUAUUGCCCCCCCAGCGUGUGUGUGCGCGUGGCUCAGUUGUGUCCGCCUGCACCCAUUUAGCGAAGGAGAAAGCCCGAUUGGCUUUCGGCUCUCGCAAGCCCAGUGACAAUCCUCACACGGCCCUAGCAACGAGUCGACAGAGCAGCGUGAAAAAGCGGCGGCGACCAAGUGAGCGAACAGUCAGACUUUUGAGCUUUUCAAGGGCCCGCCACAAGAAGACAUCGUCGCAUGACUGGAAAGUCACUUAAUACGACGAAGGCUCGUGCUCACCACCGUGCCGGCAUUGUAACGAUGUCCAGUGCUCUCUGAUAUCUGGCUUUAUCUCAGGAGUCUAAAGACACAGCAUCUGGCCCAUCUCGGAAAGUAUUAACCGGAAUUCUGAAAAGCGUUUUCCAUUAGGAGAGGUUGCCUACUUUUGAUCAUGACGUAGUAUAAUUUCAAAAUAUUUAAAGUACGCUGAGAUACCCGAUUUUCAUUGAGUUUCUUCCCGUCCACCUGCAACAACCACACUCGAUACAAGAUGGCUACUUCAGUAGUAUGGAUUUUUCAAUCAACUUUCAAUGCCCCUAUAAAUGUAAGUGCUGUAGAAGAAAUAGACAAAAGUAUUCUUUUUUGCACUUAUUUGGCAGAUAAUUACGUUUUCUUCAAAUUUUUUGAUCAAAGAAAGGGUAUCAGUAGGUUUAAAAAGAAUUCAAUUCCUGAAUAAUUUUAAACUCAAUCGGCAGCUGCCAUAUAUAGACUCUUUUAAAACCGAAAGAUACCCUUUCGUCAAGUAAAAAAUUUGGAGACGUAAUUUUCUACCAAAUGUAUAACAGAAAGAUUUUUCGGCCUGCCUUCCAUAAAUUUUAUUUUAAUAAAUAGAGUGAAUUUUUUGGUACCAAUAAAUCCUGCCCUUCUUGCCUACUUCAGCUUCGUACCGGGGACAAAAUUCUGCAGGGGCAAAAAAUCAUACUACCUUUUUAUUAAGUGUGUGCAUGUGACCGGAGGGAUACUCAGGCAAAAGCCGUCAUCGAAGUAGUGAAUUAAAAGAUACGGACAAGUAGAUAAUUAUGCUGUAGCUCGGGUUUAGGGAGGGGGAGAGUGAAACACCACAAUUCCAGUCAGCGCCAGGGAGGUGGGUCCCUGAGAAGGCAAUUACAUGUGGGUGGUUGGUUUGGUGGCUUUGAACCAUGGCAACUGUGGUACCUGCAUGAAGUCCUGUGCACAUAGGACCCGUCCAUGUAGCCCGAUUGCAGCUGCCUCUGCCGUAGCCAACAAGCGCUGCCAAGUAGUUUCGGAUAGCUCGACGGGACCUUGUAAAUCCCUCUGAAGACCUCUCUGGCGUCUACACAGUGGUCUGUGUCUAUCAUGUGCGCGAGAAUCGAGCUGUUGAUGUUCCUUCUUGGACCCUUUCCUAACCAUUCUGGCAGAUGUUCUUUUAUUCUUUUGGAUAAGCGCCGGAUCGCGCGACCAAUACAUUCUGCCCCACAGGAGCAGGUGAAAGAGUAAAUACACAUAGAGGUGGUCUGAGCUGGUAGUUUGUCCUUACCCUCUCCGCAUAGGAUGGUUUCCUAAAGCCACCGCGAUUUGAUGUUCCUUUCACUUAAAAUUUUUUACACGAAAACAUGUCUUAUUUUCAUUCUUCCCACUGGUUUUUUUCCGCUCGUCCUGACUAGCCACCUUCCCCAGGUCGGUGUAGAAGGGAGUUCUGCAGAUGCUGCAAAAGUCCCACAACUUACCGUCCAUGCACUAACCGUGUUUUGCGGCUCACAGUGGACAUCGUCAUUCACGACGGUCGAACUGAAGUUUGGGCGGCGAUGAUGAAAAUGCAGCGCCUUUUGCCGUGCACCCCAUCCGUUUCUGCAUGAUCACGCAGUGACACCAUGCUGAUGGCUGCAUUUGCGAUUCGGCUUGCUCAGAGUACUCAUUCCGACCGCUAUCCUCAGUCGGCGUACUGCGGUGUUAGUGAUCAGAGAAGUUACAGGCGCAGCAAGCAUCCUCAUAAGACAGAAGUGUUACUGACACGAUUUAGGUAGUGUCGCUUGUCUACUAAAAGUCCCGAGGGUCUCGAGAUGGAAGGGGGCACCCACGCGUCUUCUGAAGGCGAUAAUUCCGGAACCCUCAUAGCUGUGAUUCCUCUGGUAGAUAAAAUUAAUUUCUACUUGGCCUGCAGUACUCAUUGGUUUCGCAUUAUUUUACUUAGGAGACCCGCCAGUUUUUGGCAGCAGAUACUCUAUGGAUGGAUUCAGUACCUGCCUCUCCUAAUCUUCUGUCUCUACGUGUCAGAUCAAAUCCAGAACUUUGCCUUCUCGAAUUACUUCUUCGACAAUUGCUUGGUCAAGUCGGGUUAA